AAAUAAAUAAGGGAUACUUUCUACCUUUAGAGGGCACUCAUAACAUACAGUACUUACACAUUCACAAUAAACAGCUCUACCAGGAAUAGAACAUUAAAGACCUGUGGAUAAGCUACUGAUCUGCAAAACAGAUAAUCCUUUUCCUUGGAUUAGUGUAACUUUCCAGGGAGGUCCCCAGCAAACUCAGGAGAUGGCCCAGCAUUAGCCAAAGGAAGAGACACAGAGCAGACCCCAUGUGAAUGUUGGUAGAAACCAGGCAACAGGAUUCAUUUAGUGCCUUCAUCGUAAAAACAUGCCCAUGCUUUCCCAAGAUGACCAAGAGUGCCUCCAGAAACAUGCCUCCCGGCCGUCUAUGUGGACACAAUUCCUGCUCCUGUUUAGGGCUGAGAGAUACAAUGCAAACAUUCGCCAAACCCCAGAAAAUGAAGGGGACCCCAACGAUGCACCUGAUGUCAAGAGCUUCCCCCCCGCACAGCUCCCAGACUCGCCCGCCGCCCCGGAGCUGCUCGGCCUCCUUCCUAGCCCGCUCUCCAGCCUCGCGCGGAGCUUCUCUCACCUCCUCCGGCGCCCCCCUCCUGAGGCCGCCCGGCGGCGCCCGGACUUCUCCCCCCUGCGUCCCGCCCUGCCGGCCGCCUGGCUCCCGCGCGGGCGCGAGCAGCUGCCGGGCCGCCUCUCGCUCCUGCUGGGGGCAACGCUGGCGCUGCCCGGCCGACUCCCGGGGGGCACCCCGCUGACGCCCGCCGAGCCCCGGGAAGAGGACGCCAGCGCCCGGCAGAAGUCGCCCAUGCCCCCCAUGGGAUCCGAGCGGACGGAGAUGCGCAAGCGGCAGAUGCCCGCCGCCCACGAGGCACCGGGGGCCGCGCCCGGCCCGCAGGGAGUGGGCAGUCGAGGGUCCAAUGCUUGCUGCUUCUGCUGGUGCUGCUGUUGUAGCUGCUCCUGUCUCACGGUUAGAAACCAAGAUCAGAGACCCACAAGAGCUUCCCAUGAACUCAGAACAGAUGAUCUUCCAAUCUGCGAAGAAAGCCCAUCUCCUACGCUGGAAGAAGUCAGUGCCUGGGCUCAGUCAUUCGACAAAUUGAUGAUCACCCCCGCGGGAAGAAACACUUUCCGAGAAUUCCUACGAACAGAAUUCAGCGAAGAAAAUAUGCUUUUCUGGAUGGCCUGUGAAGAACUGAAAAAAGAAGCUAAUAAAACCAUUAUCGAAGAGAAAGCAAGGAUAAUAUAUGACGACUACAUUUCCAUUCUUUCUCCUAAAGAGGUCAGCUUGGACUCCCGCGUGCGCGAAGUCAUCAACAAGAACAUGGUGGAGCCGUCCCAGCACAUAUUCGACGACGCGCAGCUUCAGAUUUACACGCUGAUGCACAGAGACUCCUACCCCCGCUUCAUGAACUCUGCCCUCUAUAAGGACUUGCUUCGGUCCUUAUCCGAGAAAUCAGCUGAAGCGUAGGAUUUUUCAAAUAUAUUUAUUAUUAAUAAAAUAACAAAAGAAUUCAUGGACUACAUCUAGCACAGGGAGUUUAGAGAUAGUACUGCCUUCUGCUGGAGUAAUACCUGGGCUAUUUUAAUAUCAGACGCUUCCUUCAACAGACAGCUAUAUAGUCAGAGUGUAAACUGCAGCCACCUUUAGUGACACUUUGGAGGGGAAGGGAAAUGGCUGUUGUAGAGAGAUAGUGUAUUUACAGCUGCAGUAACAGUAGCCCGCUGUCCACGACAAAGGAUACGCUAGAAGACUCCACACUACAGCCCCAGCGAGCGAACGGGACCUUGGUUUUGCAUGAGUUCAGUAAUUGAUUACUCCCCACCCUCCAAACUAAGACUUGCAGGUGUUUCUCAGCCACUUCCCUCCAUCAGGCUCGGUUUGAAUACUUAUUAGUGCCAUUACAGGACUCAAAUUCACAUUUUAUAAAGAUGUGACCAUUACUUGUAAAAAUGGAAUUCCACUUUAUCUUAGAGUAUGUAUGUAUGUAGUACACGUGUGUGUGGGGGGAUCUCUACAUGGUUAAUGUAAAUCACUGUGUGUGUAAGCGGAUCAGUCUCAAAGGUUUGGUAAGAGAAACAGUGCUUAGAAAAUUCUCUUGUUGAACAGUUACCAUUAUUUUAUUAUCAGAAUUCGUCGCCUUAGAAGGAUGAACUUUUAAGUUCACAACUUGGUCGUGUUCACAACAAAACUUUCAAAUAAGCGUAUUUCCACUUUUAUCAUUGAAAGAAAUAUGGGCAUUUUCACUCUUAAAAAAAUAAAGCACAAGAGUUUUACCUCAA